AUGCUCGCAGCUGGUCAAGUCAACACCCCAAAGUCAAUCCCAGCUUUCAGCGCAGACGAAGCUUUGGCUGCUGCUAAGAAGUUUGACAAGAAUGAGCUCGUUAUUAAGGCCCAAGUUCUCGCUGGUGGUCGUGGUAAAGGUCACUUCAGCAACGGUCUCCAAUCUGGUGUCCACCUUAUUGAUUCCCCUGAACAAGCUCAAGACCUCGCUUCAAAAAUGAUUGGCUCGAAUCUCAUCACAAAGCAAACCGGUGAAGCUGGUAAACUCUGUACUGCAGUCAUGCUUGCUGAACGCCGUACACCAAAGAAGGAAUACUACGCAGCUAUCCUCAAUGACCGUUCUUCCCUUGGUCCAGUUCUCGUCGCUUCAUCAGAAGGUGGUAUGUCUAUAGAAGAAGUUGCUAGAGAUACUCCAGAGAAGAUUGUCAAGACUCCAAUUGACUUCCAAAAUGGCUUAUCACAAUCUGAGGCUCUUGAUAUCGCUAAAAAAUUGGGCUUCUCAACUGAUGAUGCAAUUAAGCAAGCCGCCGGCAUCUUCCAAAACCUCUUCAAGAUUUUCAAAGAAAAGGACAUGACUCAAAUUGAGAUCAACCCACUUGCUGAGACUGAAGAUGGUGCAGUCUUGGCCAUGGAUGCUAAAUUCGGAUUCGACGAGAACGCUGAGUUCCGUCAACAAGAUGUUUUCAAGCUUCGUGACACUACACAAGAGGACCCACAAGAAGUUGAAGCAGCUGAGCACGGUCUUAACUUCAUCAAGCUUGAUGGUAACAUUGGAUGUCUUGUCAAUGGUGCUGGUCUCGCUAUGGCCACUAUGGAUGUUCUCACCCACCAAGGUGGUAGCCCAGCUAACUUCCUUGAUGUUGGUGGUUCAGCAACCCCAGCUGCCGUCAAGAAGGCAUUCGAAUUGCUCUUGACUGAAAAGUCCGUCCGUGCAAUCUAUGUCAACGUUUUCGGUGGUAUCAUGCGUUGUGACAUGAUUGCUGAGGGUAUCAUCAAGGCAACCAAGGAGCUUGACUUGAAGGUACCAUUAGUUGUCCGUCUCCAAGGUACAAAGUCAGAGGAAGCAAGAAAAUUGAUUGCUGAUUCUGGUCUUAAAAUCUUCGCAACAACUGGUCUUGACGAAGGUGCAAGACUCGCUGUUCAAAAAGCCAACGAAUAUGCCGCAUCAAACUAA